AUGCUCAAGCUAUCGCUCUUUACCGUCAUCGCUGCUUGCGUGCUGGCUCAUGCAAGCUCAGCUGCUCUCGCGCCCACUCGCAUGGCCAAAUUGCACAAACGCUUUGGCUUCAUGCGUCCGGCGCUCCUCACUCUGAAUGCACAGUAUGCGCAGCAAGGCGAUCUGUGCAAUGGCUACGAGCUCUCCACCAACCAAUGGGGCAUGCACAGCGGCACAGGACACCAGAGUGCAGCUUUUCACGGAUGCUCAGAGGACGGCGGCAUUGUCUGGUCUACCGAUUGGCAAUGGUCAGGUAAUGACGAUCAGGUCAAGACCUAUUCGAACGUCCAGAAGCCAACGGGCAACCGCCCGUACAAAGACUACAAGACGCUCAGCGCUGCUUGGCAGUGGCAUUACGCUCAGUCCUCGGCAGUCUCGGCAGAUGUCUCGUUCGAUAUCUUCUUUUCUACUACUUCUCAGCCUGGCCACGGCGUCGCAGAUGCUCAUUCCAAAUGGGAGAUCAUGAUCUGGCUAUCGAAACGAGGACCAGCUCUACCUGCUGGCAAGAAAGUCGCAGAGGCCGACAUCAAAGGCACGCACUGGCAAGUCUGGCUUGGCAACGUCGAGAACUGGCAAGUCCUCACUUUCCUCAACGACAACAACUCGCACAUGAACGACUUCAAUGCCUCACUGAUGCCGUUCAUCCAAUACGGCAUCGACAACUACAAGAUCGAUCCUAGCUUGAUCCUGUCUGGCGUUCAAGCAGGCACAGAGCCCUUCAGAGGUAGCGCGCUCCUCUACACUUCUCGCUACCAGCUCGAUAUUGAGUGA